AUGUAUAUGAAGUUUGGGUCUCUGGAAUCUUCUAAGAAUGCAGGUGAUCAUGCCGUCGCUACAACCCAAGUCUCAGAGGUCGCGAAAGAGGGCGUCUUCUGGGAAUACUCUAAACAGUACAUACAGAAAUUCUUUGAGUCAGUCGGGCGAUCCGAGGUUCUGACUGACAUUAGUCGUACUCGUUCGUUUGAUUUGAGGUCAUUGCGAUCCAAUGGCCCGGUAACGAUAAGGUGUUUUUAUUCUGUAAAAGACAGAUACCUUUUCUUCGAGCUGCUGGAAGAUGUUACGGGCAUUAUGACAGGCCUCGAUGCUACUAUCUACAGCUGUUGGUACGCUGCUUCGAAAGCCGAACCUGGUAAUUCGGAGCCAUUCGAGAGCCCUCGGUACCUCACGAUACAAAACGUUCGCGACCCGUACAGCUUCCAAGCUAUUCAGCGACUUGUGAAGCUGUGGUUGAAGAACGGAAUGGAUGUGAUGCCAAAUGGGGCUGGGUUUUCUAUUUUGCGGGCCGAUGUCAGUCCAAACAUUGUCGAAAAGGACUUUGUUUCGGGAGAUCAAUAUAUUAGUAUCCAUGAUGCCGCUUGGGUCAUAUUGCAUCAACCUUGGCAGAUAUAUGGGAUAAUUCAACUAUUGGGCGACUACCAGUACGGAUUAUCACGUCUUCAAAUUUCGAAUAUACGCUUCUCUCUGUACAGGCCCGGUGGUAAACUAGUUUCAAAGUCUGAUGUCGGUGCUAUUGGUGAGCCGAAUGCAAUCGAGUAUGCCGAUAUAUUUUUGGAAUUAGAAAAACGUCCGGCAGCACAUUCAAGCGGCGACCGCGAAGACGAAAAUAUGGAGAGUCCUCCCAGGGAAGAAGGUUCUCCCGACGAAAUAGUAGGAGGUGUCGAUUCGGAAGAUGUAGAGCUCCCCAUUGACGAAGACAUCAUUAUGAAUGAGACUCCAUCGCGUGGUAGAAGCCUCACACCUGCAUUGCAACUGCAAAAUUGGGAGUCUUCACCAUUCUCACAGCCAUCUAUCCAUCCGCUAGGUCUACCGUGGAUUCUAGGUUUUACCGUUAAGCCCUCUUCUCCUUCUAACGUGGAAAAACGAUCCUAUAUGCCGUUGAACAUGCGGUAUACGGCGGAUGUUUCCUUCCAGGCCUACGCCUCAGUAUCUGACGGGCACCUUUUUAUAUCCCCCCAGAUUUCAUCGGCGGAGCCUCCCGAAAAAGCGAUCCCUCCCCACGUAUUUGCGAGUGUUAUACGGUCUGCCUGGCUUCACAGUGGUGGGGGAUCCAAGUUUGUGGGUCUUACAAUUGGGCGCGUGCAACCCAAAACCGAGGACGCCUUGGGGGGUACCAGGAGAAGACGGGGAGCGGGAUCCUCAGGUGCCCCUUCAGGGACGACGAAGGAUUCUUUCGCUGCCCACUUCGACGAUGGAACAAAGCUUGAUAUGCCUGGCAUAGGUAUUCGGAAAAGAUUCGAUGUAAUCUUUUCGGAAAUAGCAACGACUUGGGAAGGGCAAUCAAUUCUUCACCUGAUUGCGGCUGACGACGGGGUCCUCGGAGUAAACGAUAUUUUCAGCAUUAAAUACGGCCUUCCUCUUAAAUUACGCCCGGCAAUUGACGGAAGAUACUUGACAUUUAGACUUUCAAAAGAGCUACCACUAGAUUCAACUGCGGCAAUUUCGUCUGUAGACAACUCUGCGACCAAGGCUGGCCAAGUUAGUCUAGCUGUAGCAAAGCUUCUCGCGGUAUCCUUCGAAACCGGUACUCGUUUUCGGGUCGAAGACCAAAGGCCUAUUGAUUAUUCUGGGCCCGAGCUCGAGGCUCCACGUCAAAUUAAGGAACGGGUCGGUGGUCUCAAACUCAGAUACAUUAGGAAGCAUCUUAGGGAUAUAGAAGCAGACACAUCAAAUGAUGUUCCUGGCUUUAGAGAGGCAAUUGAAACUUUUAAGUUGAUUCAGGAUCCGAAGUACCCCGGGCCUAACCUUCUAGCGGAUAGAAGUAUUAGCCCUGAAAAAUUGGCGGUGCUCCGUGAUCCAUCGAAGCUGGGAAAGAGCACCCACAGGCUGACCAUUUUUGGCUCUACAGAGGAGGAAAUAGAGACGAAUGAUAAAAAGCUACCUCGGCUUGCUUGGUCUGAGGAAUUAAAUCAUUUGGCUAUUUUACAGCAGCCUAGCUUCGACUCGUCUGACGAUCAAUCAUCUAGUCUCGCAGAUAUAUUUGUGCUGGAGACCUUGGCCACUAAAGAAAGCUCUCAGCUAUCGAAAUCAGUGGACUCGAUAGCUAUGGGUGAAGAUCCGGGAAGGGGAGAUCUGAUACGGUUUUUUACUUUUCUAGAUGUCCAACCAGCUUCAAGAGCCAUAUUGUCCUAUAUAGUUAAGAUGUCGGUAGAGUAUAGCGAAUCACGGCCAGUUGUAUUGACGAAUCCGUUCUACGAGGUUACGGAGUCCGACCAGGGUACUAAGUCUGGCGAGGGUACUAGAAAGAUUACUUUCAAGAAUGGGGUCGAGACACGCUUGCUCUGGCUGAUCAUUUUGGGCUUACCGGAAGUGAGAGCAGUAUCACAGUACGCCAAAGAUACUUGUUACUUCACAGAGCCGGGUCUUGGCUUGAAAAGACCAGACUUGAUAAACGCAAUCGUGAUUCGAUGGAUAAGUGACGAUACUAAACCCGGUACUUUAGAUCUAAAACCGAUAUUUCAUAUUCAACUAUCUAGCCCCACCGACGAAAACUCUCCGGUAAGGGGGGAAGUGGCGGAAGCCUUUUUUCACGGGAGUCUUGCGGUCCAACAGCACUUGAGGUUAGGGGAGCGACUAGAAUUGCAAGAGAUAUACAGACCCUUCCUGCCGGGAGCUAUAAAGCGUGGCGGUUUAUCGGAAGAGGGCUGGAUUGGUAGAGUAGAAGAUAACAUGGGUAGUGAGGCAUCUUUCAGGUCACACCCAGUUUUGGAAAGGCUCAUACCGUUAGCAUUUAACGGAUUAGAUGGCUUACACGAAUUCGAUUCGGAAGAUCAUAUUCGUUCUUCCGCCGGGAAUCGACCGUUAACGGUCCAAGUAACAAACACUAGAGAAGCUUUGUCACUACAACUUCUCGUUGAUCGCCGUGGGGGCAUCAUAGCAAUUAUGGAUGAAAUACCUACUCUAGGCGAACCUGAAGAGGCCACCAAAAAGUUUUCCUCGGCUAUAUAUACUGCUUGGCUUGAAGCCGUGAGGUAUAAUUCCGCUCCCGAGCACGAAGCGGAUACUGCCACUCCACUGGGCCGAAAGAUCAAAGGAACUCGACCACCUGGAUUGGUGCUAAUUACAAAACUCUCUAUGGAAACAAGGGACCUUCUAUGGUCUACACGGGACAUAGAUAACCCUCAUAAAGAAGUUUCUACGAACCACUUUAUGAAUAUGUAUGGGAACCAGAAACCCGUUGGUGAGCCCUAUCUUAGUCGGACUACUCAAGUUAAACAAAAGGAUAUAGUUUAUACUGUAGUCGCGUUCGAACCAGAACCCGGGAUAGGCGGUGUAUUCUUCCGUUUGCUACUUGGUACUCCCGAGGUGGCGAGUGUUCUACAAGCGUUCCAAAAUUAUCAAAGUGAAAGUGAGAUGCGUACUUGGCAGUCUUAUCUUUCAAGCAUAUAUGUUAGAUGGACUCCCUUUGCAAUUGUCCUCCUGUUUAAGAGCAGGGACCUGGAUUGGACUUAUGAUAUUGUUUAA